AUGCCCCCCCAAACUACCUAUGCUUUCGACCCCUCAAAGGAUAUUCCUUCCCUUGCAGGCAAGGUCAUUCUCAUCACCGGCUCCAAUACUGGUCUUGGCAAGGCUACUGCAAUUGAACUCGUUAAACACUCCCCCGCUCACGUAUACUUGACUUCUCGCAAUGUAACUAAGGGACAGGCUGCCUUGGGAGAGGUCAGAGGUGCAGCAAGUGAUAACACAAAGGUCUCCCUUUUGGACCUGGAUCUGUCAAGCUUCGAGAGCAUCAAAGCCGCCGCCGCUCAAUUCCUCCAACACGAGGAACGACUAGAUGUUCUCUUGCUGAACGCUGGCAUAAUGGGCGCUCCUGCUACCCUGACCAAAGACGGCUACGAGAUGCAUAUCGGAACCAAUCAUCUUGGACACGCUCUCCUACUCAAGCUUCUCCAACCAGUCCUCGAAAAGACCCCCGACACCCGAGUCAUCCACCUCAGCUCUGGUGGGUUCCGCCACGUAGGACCAGAAGGGAUCGAGUUCGACACACUGAAAUCCGCCACCAGCACCACGGCCUUACCUCUGAGGUACGCUCAGAGUAAGCUAGCCUGUCUCCUCUACGCAAGAGAGGCAGCUAAGCGAUACAGCUUCACAAACAUCGCUAUCAACCCAGGAGAAGUCCAAACCGACCUUUUCACACGGGAGGCAGGCGAUGAGUUGAUGAAGUAUCUGCAGACGGAGGUUGCACCCAAACUAGAAAUUCCGAUCGACGAAGGUGUCAAGAAUCACCUUUGGGCGAGUACCUGUCCGGAUAUCAAGAACGGGGAGUUUUAUGAGCCUGUUGGGAAGACUGGGGGGUUGGAAGGACAUGGCCUGGAUGAUGAGAUGGCCAGGAAGUUGUGGGACUGGACUGAGGAGCAGCUGAAGGACCAGGCUCAUUAG